CCUUGCUUGCCGUCUACCGCGCUUGCCGUCAACACGCGUAUAAGAUAGAUUCUCGGCACGAAGAGCCCAGCCUCGCCUUAACUUUCCCCACCAUCUUACUUGAAGAUCUGAAACCUGCACGAUGCCCGACGGCUACGACUACUUGUUCAAGUUGCUGCUCAUUGGAGACUCUGGAGUGGGCAAGUCUUGCUUGCUUUUGCGGUUCGCGGAAGACGCGUUUACAGACAGUUAUCUCAGCACUAUCGGUGUGGACUUCAAAAUUCGGACGAUAGACCUCGAAGGCAAGACCGUCAAGCUCCAGAUCUGGGACACAGCAGGCCAAGAACGCUUUCGCACGAUUGCUGCCGCUUAUUACCGGGGUGCGCACGGUAUCAUCGUUGUGUACGACGUGACAGACAAAGAGUCGUAUGAGAACGUGAAAGGAUGGCUCACAGAGAUUGACCGAUAUGCAAGUGAGGGCGUACUCAAGCUCAUCUUGGGCAACAAGUCCGAUCUUGCAGAGCGGCGAGUCGUCGAACACGAUACCGCUAAAGAGUUUGCAGAUCAACUAGGGAUUCCUCUCCUGGAGACCUCGGCGAAGACCUCAGCUGGUGUUGAGGACGCAUUCAUUGCGAUGGCGAAGCAAGUAAAAGAGAUUGUCGACGCCAAUCCGGAACCAUCAAGCAAUUCUAAAGGGGGCAAUGUCUCUGUCGGUCGCUCUAUCGAAGCCGAGAAGUCCGAAGGCUGCGCCUGCUGAUGAUACAUGAGAUCCACCGCUUUGUGGGCUGGCAGAUUCAGCUGCAACUCGCUCUAUUGCUUCGCACACGGGUUCGGAAUGUUGGACAUUACUCUGAUUUAUUUGUACCCAUGUUUGUAUGACUAUUUACAUUGCUUCGUGAAUUCCAUGACCG